GGAGGAGCCAUGGCUUCCGGAGCCUCCCCCGCCACUCGGGGCUGUUCCUCUGUCAGACUGGUGGCGAUUUAGUGUCUCUGCUUGUUAUGGCCGCUGCCGUCGCUAUGGAGACAGAUGAUGCUGGAAAUCGACUUCGGUUUCAGUUGGAGUUGGAAUUUGUACAGUGUUUAGCCAACCCAAAUUACCUUAAUUUUCUUGCCCAAAGAGGUUACUUCAAAGACAAAGCUUUUGUUAAUUAUCUUAAGUACUUGCUUUACUGGAAAGAACCAGAAUAUGCCAAGUAUCUAAAACCUGGAAUUACUCAUUUCUCUAAAGAACUCUGGAAAAUGCUGUUUGAAAACCACAGUCUGGGCACUAAGCAUGCUCAUUCGUCAUUGCUUCUAAGCCCUUUUAGAACGAACACAAAGCUAGAAACUGUGUACAUGCACACACAUACACAUCUGUUUUCUAUGUCUGUAUAUACAUUUAAAGCCAUGAGUACAUACUAGUGUUUUCAAUUCUAGCUCAAUAACUUAGGGUUCAUUGGAGCCUCCCUGCUUUUCUUAUCUAUAACUUCUUUUCUGACUGCCAAAAAGUUGGCUGUUUAUCCACAAUAUACUUGUUAACUCAAUCGAGAGUAUAAUAAUUUUAGAAUUGCUCUAAUACCUGUGAAAAUCUAUAGAACAGUGUUUGUACAUAGUUCUUUUUGAAGCUGACUCACAAUAAAAAUUGUCUUUUUUCACUAUUGGUGGAAAACCGAUAGUUAUAAAUUAAAUACAUAAUUGCUAAAAUUGAAAGUGUUCAUGUUACUUACCCUGGAAACCUCUGUACUAGAAUAGAAUGAUUUAUCUCCAGAAUUUGACUCUGUGUAUCACUGUGUUGUGUGAUCUUGGGCAAAGUUAUUUAACUACUCUGAACUUAAAUUUUCUUACUUUUGAAAAUUUUUUUCAAUAAUGACUUUUGAUGACUAGCUUCUCUACAUAAGGGGUUUGGGAGUGGACAAUGGACCUAUACUAUACUACCAAGGUGCACUAAGUUAAUGUUAAUAGAAAUGGUAGGCUGUACAAUUAGAUGUAUUAGAACUGACAUUAUUGACUCAAAUUAUGUUGGUCAUUAACUUAUAAACUUAA